CAAUUAUUAUAACCUAAAAAUAAUAUGUAGUUUAUUAUAACAAAAAAGCAAACUUUAUAUUAAAAUAAAACUGUAAACAUGGUCUCUAUUGAUACGAGUAAAGUGGAACUUCCAGGACAUCCAGGGUUUAUAAGAACAAUUCAAGAUGGUGAAGAAGUUGAAGAUUUUUCAGAGGAAUCAGAUCCAGAAGAAGAUUUCCAACCUACAAAACAUAAAAUAAAGAGGAAAGCAGAUUUUGAUCCAAAUUUCCAAUUUGUUGCAUCUGUUGAUGAGCUUAACAAGAAUCCCUGGGAUGACUUAAGUAAAUACAUUAAAAGAAAUGUAAAAUACACAUUAGAUGAGAAGAUAGCAAAGCGUCGUGCCGAGGUACAGGUGGACGGAAAGGUUGAUGUUGACACUGACUCCGAAGCUGAAGCUAAAGAUGGAGAUGUUGAUGAAAUUGAAUUAUCAGAAGAUGAGUUGAAGAAGGAUGAGAUAAAAACCAAACAAAAAAAGCUAACAAAGAAACAAAAAUUAAAAGAAGAAUUGAAAGAAGAGGAUGGCACCCGCAUAGAAUAUGACUCCGACUUCUUCGAGGAGCCUCCACCUUAUGAUGAGCGGGCAUCAUUCUACAUGAUGAACUUGUCGAGACCACUGCUAAAGGCCAUUAACACACUCAACUAUGUCCACCCAACACCGAUACAGGCAGCCACUAUACCUAUCGCAUUGUUAGGCAAGGACAUCUGCGCGUGCGCGGCCACGGGUACGGGCAAGACGGCGGCGUACAUGCUGCCCAUACUGGAGCGACUGCAGUUCAAGACCGUGUCUGAUCGCGUCACGCGCGUACUUGUGCUAGUGCCCACGCGCGAGCUUGGCGCUCAGGUGCACACAGUGACACGGCAGCUAUCCCAAUACACUUCCGUGACGGUCGGCCUGUCCGUCGGAGGUCUGGAUGUCAAAUACCAGGAGAGCGUGCUGCGCAAGAACCCGGACAUCGUGAUCGCGACGCCGGGCCGGCUGAUCGACCACAUCCGCAACACGCCGUCCUUCGGCCUGCAUUGCAUAGAGGUGCUGGUGCUGGACGAGGCCGACAGGAUGCUCGACGAAUAUUUCGCGGAGCAGAUGAAGGAGAUCAUCCGGCAGUGCUCGGCGAAGCGGCAGACGAUGCUGUUCUCCGCGACCAUGAGCGAGGAGGUCAAGGACCUCGCCGCCGUGUCCCUCAACAAGCCCGUUAAGCUGUUCCUGGACUCGAACAAGGACGUCGCGUUCAAUCUGCGUCAGGAGUUUAUCAGGAUCCGUGCGGACCGCGAGUCGGACCGUGAGGCGUUACUAGCGGCGCUGGUGUGCCGCACGUUCCGCGAGCGCUGCGUCGUGUUCGUGCAGACCAAGCGCCAGGCGCACCGCCUGCACGUCGCGCUCGGCCUACUCGGCGUCAAGGUGGCGGAACUCCACGGCGCUCUCAACCAGCCGCAGCGCCUGGACUCGCUGAAGCGGUUCCGAGAAGAGGUGGUGGACGUGCUGGUGGCGACGGACGUGGCGGCGCGCGGCCUUGACAUACCCGGCGUGCGCACCGUCAUCAACUUCACCCUGCCCGCCACUAUCGAGCAUUAUAUACACAGGGUGGGUCGAACAGCGCGUGCGGGGCGCGCGGGGGUGUCGGUAUCGCUGGCGGGGGAGGGGGAGCGGGCGCUCGUCAAGACGAUCGUGCGUCGCGCGCGACAACCCGUCAAGUCGCGCAUCGUGCCACGCGACAUCGUCGACAAGUACCGCGCGCGACUCGCUGCGCUGGAGUCUGAUAUUGCCGCUAUUUUAGAUGAAGAGUAUGCUGACAAACAGCUAAAGAAAAUGGAGAAACAGACAGAAAAGCUGGAGGGUACCAUAAAGAAGGAAGAAAAUACAGUAGGUCCCAAAUACGAGGUGCAGCGGCAGAGAGACUGGUUCCAGACUCCAAAACAGAAGAGAGAAGAGAAGGAAAGACUUGCGCUCACGCAGCACCCUGGAAAAGCGGGAAAAUCACAGUCAGAAAAGAAGGGUAAGAAGCGCAAAAACGAAGACGAUGACUCCGAUGACGAUAACAAGAAGAAGAAGAAGAAAACUAAACACGCGCCCAAAGACACGCCCGAGGAGAGAGUGCGCCGCGAAAUGGAAAAGGUGGCAUUGCUGCAAUCAAGAGUGGCGAAGCGAAACAAGAAGCAGCGUAGAAUACGGGCCGUAGAAGAAGACGACGAGGAUAGACCUGCCAGGAAGAAGAACAAAGCCGCUGGCAAACGAAAACAGUCUAACUUCGCUAACGACCUCACAGACACAUCCAAGAACGCCACAAAACGCCUCCGUUACGACGCCAAUCGCGUUCAAAAAGGCAAACCUGUCCAUGGCAGAGGAGCGCAGGGUAAAGGAAAGUUCAAUAAAAAUAAGGGAAAAACAUUCGGUAAACCUCAAGCCCCGAAGAAUGGUCGGAAAAAGAAUAAAUAAAUUGAUUUUAUAGUU